AUGAAGAGAGAAAAUGAGACCUCCAUGGUAGGUUUUAUCCUCCUUGGACUUUUCCCAGGAACGAGGUACAUUGGCUUACUCAUCUGCACCAUUCUCCUUUUCUGCUUUGUUGCCAUCACAGGAAAUGCAACCUUGGUCCUCCUUAUUUGUCUGGAUCCCCAACUCCACAGUCCCAUGUACUUCCUACUCAGCCAACUCUCCCUAAUGGACAUCUCCCUCAUCUCCACCACUGUCCCCAAAAUGCUAACCAACUUUUUCUCAGGAACAUCAGAUAUUUCAUACAUUGCCUGUAGAACUCAGGUCUAUUUCUAUGCAGCUUUAGGAGGCAGUGAAUGCAUUCUACUAACCUUUAUGGCCUAUGACCGAUAUGUGGCUAUUUGCAACCCUUUGAGGUAUGUGGCCAUUAUGAAUUCUGAGGUUUGCCUACAGAUGGCCAUUGUGUCCUGGGCAGGAGGGGCAUUUAAUUCCCUAGUCCAUACCACAUAUGCCAUGCAUUAUCCCCGAUGUGGUUCAAGAGUAGUCCAACAUUUCUUUUGUGAACUACAGGCAGUACUCAAGCUAUCAUGUGAGGACACUUCAGCUUAUGAGAAAAUAGUUUUAGUAAUGGGAAUUUUACUUCUUCUUAUACCCUUUGUCCUCAUCCUCACCUCCUAUGCUCUUAUCUUUCUUAAUGUUCUCCACAUUAAUUCUUCCAAGGGGAGAAAUAAAGCUUUCACUACCUGCUCUUCCCAUCUUAUGGUGGUGUUUCUCUACUUUGGUCCAACUAUGUUCAUCUACAUGAUUCCCAGGUCUUUACAAACCUCAGAGCAGGACCAGGGUCUCUCUGUAUUCUAUACCAUUCUUACUCCCAUGUUGAACCCUCUCAUAUACAGCCUACGGAACAAAGAUGUAGGAGAAGCUCUGAGGAAAGUUUUGUGCAAAGGCCUUAUUAUUAGAUAG